AUGAAAUUAAACAUACAUACCAUUCAUUUCGCAAUAUUAUCCUUAUUUCUCAUUUUUGCACAUGGAACUAAUUCUAGUCAACCCAGCAAUAAAAAUGACUUAAAAUUCAGUUCAACUACCGUUUCCAUCACUACCAAUUCUAACGCACUUAAAGCCAUUUCUACCAACAAUGUCAAAUUACUCACUACUACAAAUGCAAUAACUACAACCAAAGACGUUUCCCCUACUUUCAAAGCCAAUGCAAUCACUAAGACCAAAGCCUCCGCAGUUUUCAAAGCCAAAAAAAUCACCAAGAAAAAAAACUCCUCCACUCCUACAAAAGCCAAUGUAAUCUCCAAGACCAAAGCCUCUACUGUUUUCAAAGUCAAAACCAUCACCAAGAAAAAGGCCUCCACUCCUGCCAAAGUCAAUGCAAUCACUACAACAAAAGCUGCCUCUACUCCCUUCAAAGUCACUACAAUCAUUAACAUCACUACGGCUGGAAUAACAAGCAAAUCUGCAACCAUUGGUCCAAUAAUUGCAGCGGUCACAACAUAUCGAGUUACCUCCACGACUGCAAUAGCUACUCCUACAGAUUCAGCAACUAGUACAACUGCAGUAAUUGCAGCAAUACAUACUUCUGCAGAUUCAGCAACUGGCAUAACAGUAAUAGCCGCCAGCACUGAUCCAAUGAUUAUAGCUACCACUAAUAAUCUAGUUACUUCUAUGAAAACUAUAACUAUUUCCGCAAAUUCAACAACAAGCAUAGCAGUAGUAACCACCACUGUUCAUCCAAUAAUCGCAGCCAUAUCUGUGGAUUCAGUUAUCACUACGGCUAUAACGACUAAUGCAGAUUCAUCAACAGGCACAACUUCAAUAGCUGCUACUACUGAUUUAACUGCUGUUACAGUUGCAGCAACUAAUGCAGAUUCAGCAACUAGUACAACCACAAUAGCCACCACCACUAACCCAGUGAUUUCAAUUACUACCACAGAUCCUAUUACCACUACGACUGCAAUAAUUAGCACAACUGCAAUAGUCGCAAAUGAUCCAGUAAUUGCUGCUGGCAACAUUGUAAUAACUACUUCUACUAGUAUAAACACAAUAGCCGUCACCACAGAUCCAGUGACCGCAGUCACCGCCACAGAUUCAGUUACUACUAUGACUUUAAUAGCUAAUACAGAUUCAGAAACUAACGCAACUACAAAAACAACCACUGCUCAUCCAGUAAUCGCAGUCAAAUCUGUUAUUUCAGUUAUUACUACGGCCACAACAAGCACAAUGGCUGCUACUACUGAUUCAGUUGCAGCUACUGCUGCAGUAGCUAAUGCAGAUUCAGCAACUAGUACAAUCACAAUAGCCACCACCACUAACCCAGUGAUUUCAAUUACUACCAUAGAUCCUAUCACCACCACUACGACUGCAAUAGAUUCAAUAAUUAGCACAACUGCAAUAGUUGCAAAUGAUCCAAUAAUUGCUGUUGGUAACACAGAUCCAACUACUACCACGACUGUAAUAACUACUUCUACUAGUAUAAAUACAAUUGCUGCCACCACAGAUCCAGUGACUGCAGUCACCACCACAGAUUCAGCUGCUACUGUGACUAUAAUAGCUAAUACAGAUUCAGCAACUGCAAAAACCACCACUGUUCAUCCAGUAAUCGCAGCCAAAUCUGCAAUUUCAGUUAUUACUACGGCUACAACAAGCACAAUAGCUGCUACUACUGAUUCAAUUGCAGCUACUGCUGCAGUAGCUAAUGCAGAUUCAGCAACUAGUACAAUCACAAUAGCCACCACCACUAACCCAGUGAUUUCAAUUACUACCAUAGAUCCUAUCACCACCACUACGACUGCAAUAGAUUCAAUAAUUAGCACAACUGCAAUAGUUGCAAAUGAUCCAAUAAUUGCUGCUAGCAACGCAGAUCCAAUUACUACCACGACUAUAAAAACUAAUUCUACUAGUAUAAAUACAGUAGCUGCCACUACAGAUCCAGUGGUUGCAGUCACCACCACAGAUUCAGCUGCUACUAUGACUAUAAUAGCUAAUACAGAUUCAGCAACUGCAAAAACCACCAUUAUUUAUCCAGUAAUCGCAGCCAAAUCUGCAAUUUCAGUUAUUACAACGGCUAUAACAAGCACAAUAGCUGCUACUACUGAUUCAGUUGCAGCUACUGCUGCAGUAGUUAAUUCAGAUUCAGCAACUAAUACAAUCACAAUAGUCACCACCACUAACCCAGUGAUUUCAAUUACUACCACAGAUCCUAUCACCACUACGGCUGCAAUAGAUUCAAUAAUUAGUACAACUGCAAUAGUCGACACCAAUGAUCUAAUAAUUGUUGCUACCAACACAGAUUCAAUUUCCACGACUGUAAUAACUGCUUCUACUACCUUAGUUCCAGUGAUUGCAGCCAUUACCACAGAUCCGGCUACUACAGAUUUAGCAACUACAAUAGUUCCCACCACUGAUUCAGUAAUUGCAGCUACCAACAUUAAUCCAGCUAUCUCCACAACUGAUAUAACUACUUUUGCAAAUUUAGUAACUAUAGCACCUAAAAAAUCCAUCACUGCUCAUAUUCGUCCAAUUCUUUCAGUAUCCACAACCACAGCUUCUGCAAUAGCUAGUACAAGCCAAACUUCAACAUUCACCAUCAUUCGUCAAGUUCGUCCGUUAUUUCCAGCCACAACCUUUGUAUUAGUUAGUAAAUAUUCAACAGGCGAGACAAAUUCAGCAACAAGUGCAGCUUUAAUAGAUGCCACUACUGAUCCAAUAAUUGCAGCCACAGCUGCAGAUUCAUUUACAACCACGACUGCAAUAAUUAAUACAGAUUUAGCAACUAGCACAACUGCAAUAGUUGCCACAACUAAUUCAGUAAUUGCAGUUACCACCACAGAUCCAGUUAACACUAUGACUACGAUAGCAAAUUCGGAUUCAGCAACUACCAUUACCAUUGAUCCAGUAAUAGCAGCCAUCGCCACUAAUAUAGUCACCUCCACAGCUGCUAUAGAUACAUCUGCAGAUUCAGCAAUUAGCACAACUACAAUAGCCGUCACUACUGAUCCAGUAAUUAUUUUAAUGGCCAAUACAGAUUCAGUAACUAGUACAACUUCAAUAGCUGCCACUGAUGAUCCGGUUAUUGCAGCCACAGCUGCAGAUUCAGUUACUACCAUGGCAACCGAAAUGGUUGCCACUGUUAGUCCAGCAGUUACAGCUACCACCACAGCUCCAGUUACUACUAUGACUGCAGUAGCUAAUACAGAUUCAGCAAUUAGCACAACUGUAAUAGCUACUAUCGAGAGAAUUACCAAUAAUGAAGCCACCACUACUACGGCAGCUGCACCAACUAUCACUCCUUAUUGUUGUAAAUGGGGAGAUCCCGGUUAUGGAUAUUUGCAUUCGUAUAGUACAAUGUUAUCUUUUUAUGCCGAAACAUCAUUAGAAUGUUGUAUAGCUUGUCUGAAUAACGAUGAUUGUAUUCAGUGGUGGUUUGACAAUAAUAAAUAUAAUUGUUGGUAUUCAUCCAAGUCUGUAGGAGAUCCUAUAGGUGAUGUCUGUACAUAUCGAAACCCAUUUCUUCACUACUAUGAUGGAGGAAUUAUGAGAUGUUCAUCAACCG